AGGUCAAUGCAGUUUGCAUCAUUGAAAAUCGUAGACGUUGCAGGUGUUGGAAUCGCAAGUGUUUGGUACUAGCUCGGUGUUUUCGACAAAAUCCGGCUACUCGAGCGGAGCGGGUGUUAUCGGUUCUGGGAGGCUCCCACGCCGCUCGGCAACCGCCAGUCACCGGGGCACAGUGUCGGCGCGGCUGAUAGCCGGGCGGGCUCAGGUGAGACGCCGCCAGCCGCUCAGGUGGGCCGGACGCGCCUAGGGCGGAGGGAGUGUCGAUAGCAUACAGCGGCAGUUACAGGGACGCAGUGCCGGCGGUCGGCGGUGACGGCAGCUGGAGGAGGAGUGUCGGCGGUCUGCUAAGUGGAGUGGGGUCUCUGCCCGGGUCCGAGCGGACGAUGAAGGCAGCUCGCGCGUCCAGGCGGCCGGCGCGGCCGCGCAGCACCUCCGACCCCGGCGACGUGGCGUCCGUGCUCCGCUGGAGAGACGCCGUGCCGAAGCUGGUGCCGAAGAUAUUCCGCAGCACCUCCACGAUGGCCGACGACGAGCUGCCGCCGGCGCCGCCCGUCCGCAUGGCCAGCGUGCGGUUCGGGGCCGAGGCCGGCGGACUGCCGCUGCCCCCGCUGCCGCGCGAGCCGGACGCCGAGCGGCGGCGGCGCGCCCGGCUGGCCAAGCCGACCAAACGGCACACGGACAAGCCGGAGAUCUCGUACCCGACCAACUUUGAGCACGCCGUGCACGUGGGCUUCGACCCGGCGACGGGUGAGUUCAGCGGUAUGCCGCCGCAGUGGGUGUCCCUGCUCGCCUCCGCCAACAUCUCCAUCCAGGAGCAGCGCCAACACCCGGACGAGCUGAUCAACGUGCUUAACUAUUACGACGCCAGUAACAAGGACGGCGACCAGACCAAGUUCAUGGUGCCUACCACGGAGCACAACCCGCUGUGGGAGCAGGAGCGCGACCCGCCGCGUGCCAGUCUGGCCGUCGGGCCGGCGGAUGCGCGCACCGACGGCGCCCGCUCCGGCUCGGACCACUCCGGCUCGACCAGCACUCCGGACACCGCCGACCCGGACCCGGAGUCGGAGCGCGACAAGUUCCCGGAGGAGCCGGAGCCGGAGGAGGAGGAGGAGCCGGCACCCCCGCCUCCUCCGGUAGCCGCCCGCCCGGAGAGGACCAAGUCGGUGUACACGCAGCCGCUGGCUCCCGAGGAGCCGGCGGCGGCGGCCGGCUCGCCAGUCACCAACGGAAAGCCGGCAGCUCCGGCCAAGGGCGCGGCGCCGACACCGGCGGCGCGCGACACGCCGCGGAGGCCCAAACUGAGCGACGAGGAGAUCCUGGCGCGUCUGCGGAGCAUCGUCACCAUCGGCGACCCGCUACGCCGCUACACCAAGAUGGAGAAGAUCGGGCAGGGCGCGUCCGGCGUGGUGCACACAGCCGUCGAGACGGCCACCGGCUGCGAGGUGGCUAUCAAACAGAUGAACCUCCCGCAGCAGCCCAAGAAGGAGCUCAUCAUCAACGAGAUCGUCGUCAUGCGCGAGAACAAGCACCCGAACGUGGUGAACUACGUGGACAGUUACUUGGUGGGCGAGGAGCUGUGGGUGGUGAUGGAGUACCUGCCUGGAGGUUCGCUGACCGAUGUGGUGACCGAAACGUGCAUGGACGAGGGCCACAUCGCAGCCGUGUGCCGCGAGGUGCUGCAGGCUCUGCAGUUCCUGCACAUGAACCACGUGAUCCACCGGGACAUCAAGUCGGACAACAUUCUGCUGGGCACGGACGGCGCCGUCAAGAUCACCGACUUCGGGUUCUGCGCGCAGAUCUCGCCGGAGCAGAGCAAACGGACCACGAUGGUGGGCACGCCCUACUGGAUGGCCCCCGAGGUGGUCACCCGCAAACAGUACGGACCCAAGGUCGACGUCUGGUCGCUAGGCAUCAUGGCCAUCGAGAUGCUGGAGGGCGAGCCGCCCUACCUCAACGAGAACCCGCUGAAGGCGCUCUACCUGAUCGCCACCAAUGGCCGGCCCGAGAUCAAGGACCGCGACAAGCUGUCGCCGCAGUUCCAGGAGUUCCUCGACCUGUGCCUGGAGGUAGACGUGGAGCGGCGCCCGUCGGCGGCCGAGCUGCUGCGCCACCCGUUCCUGAAGGCCAGCCGGCCCCUGACCAGUCUCUGCCCGCUCAUCGAGGCCGCCAAAGACGCCGUGCGAGAGCAAAACAGUGCCUUGAAGCUGGCCAAGGCGGUCUAGGAGACUGCGACGUGGUGGAUCCAAUGGGAGAGUCGCCGCUGAUCGAGAUGAACGAGCUGAAAACAGGCGACGCACGCCACAGUCGGAGUCUCGAAUAACGAGGGGCGCCCACACUUCAAGGUCAAUGGCGGUGGCUCGUGGGGGACGCCAAAGUCCGUCAUUCGUUACACACACUCAGCCAAUUAUGUGCCAGAAAAUGCGAUGCAUCUUAGAGAUGUCGCCCAGCGUACGAAGCUGGCCAGCGGGCUGUGGCAGGCUCCGGUACGCCACUAGCGGUGCACCGAUCAACGAGCUUGCGUCGCCUUUAGUUGGUAGGUGGCGCCACUGCCAUGCUUGGUCCACUCGUGCAGAGUCGGAUCAGCUUCCGAGCGUGCUUCGGCGCACGGUCCGCAUACGUAAUGACGAGCCAAUGGCGAUUAGAUCCGUGCUAUCAUGCUCAUUAGUCAAUUGCUGUGAAUUUUUGUAUGGCGUCUGUUGUAAUAUUGGCAGCUGAUCGUUUUAUGCAGUCGGUUUGUUUGUCAGUUCUAUUGAAAUCCGUCCCACAGAAGCGUUUACCAUGGCUCAUCGCCUAGUGUUAUUUGCUAUGGCCGCUGUAGGACCUCUGGGACUUAAUGGUAUGCUCUUGAUUAUGCUUUUGUUAUUUAUUAUCGGCUGUGCAAGUUUCAGCUAUAUUCCUUAUUCAUGUGACGUGCGUAUUUAAAACCAUUUAAUAUAUCGACAUUCUGAU